CGGAUAUUGUCAGUCUCGGUAUGGAGGGCAUGUAGAACAAAAUUCAGGCAGAAGAAACUCCCACUAUGAACGCUGACAUGAAUUCAUUUCUAGCUUCGGAUAAUCUCUACCCUCUGCUGGUCAUCCAAUGCAGCCGGGUCUCUGAGUUGUUCGAUCGAAGGCUAGGUGGCUUCGCAGAUCGUUAUUGAUAUUGUCUCAAAGGUUCCCGCGUGGUCUUUGAUGGUUCCUUCCCUCCUCUUGAAUUUCAGGAAGAAUCUGAGAAGAUUGAGUUGAAAAGGGCAAUCACAUCACAAAAGCUGUGACAAAAUUAGUGUAGCGGGGGUUUCCGAGUCUGCCUUGCGGGACGAAAUUGUCACCUGCCGCAGACGUGGGCGACAGGCUCUACAUACCGUCACUUCUCGUAUUCGA